AUGUCUGCCUUUGCCUAUUUCAAGUGCUCCCUGUGUGGCUACAGCCCCAACGUAAUGAAGUGGACAAGUUCAUUCCAUGCUAGUAUAAUAUUUUCAGUCUCUGUUUAAUUCUUUUACUAAAAACCAUCUAGUACUAGGCCGAGCAGGCGGGGAUAUCAUACUUACCGAGGAAAAAUUCAUCUCCAGAUAUGGCGCAAGCUUUCUCUAUGAGACCUUUAUCUCUCGACCCACUGGCGAGAUCCGAGUCCGACUAGAGCGAGGUAGAAUCAAAACCCCAUCUGUUACAGCCUAUCUUAUUCAUACUCUUUGCUUGAAGACGCUGCAAGAUAUGCUCAAGGAGAAGAUAUCGCUAGAGAGCCUAUUCUUGCUUAGUCGAGCGUUGGAGCGGGAGUAUGAGAAAGACGAUGUAUUGGAGAUACCAGUGUCUGAGGGUAUUAAACCUCUUGGAAGAUUUUGGACCCCUGCUUAUCAUAUGCAUAGCUUGUUUCGAUCCUCCCGAAUUAAUCUCUACGCUACUGUCUUUUGACUCAGCUGAUUUCGCCAUCGCCAAAAGUCCGACGAAAAUAGAUACUCUGCCACUGGAGAUAAAAUUGCUCAUCAUUUCUCACCUAGAUUCGAGGUCACUCAUGAGUUAUUUACAUUCUAGCCAUGAUGCUCUCCUGUCAGCCGAAAGCGUUCCCUCUUACCAACUCCUUUAUUCCUAUGUCAAAGCAAUAAAAAUACAAGAUAUGGUCGUCUCUGCCUAUCACAAUUUCCAGGAGGAAGAUUACCCUGCGUUUGAGUCUUUGCUAUUAUGGUUGGAGAACAUGGUUUCUCAAUCACGCUACCUCGAAGCUAAGCUGCCAGUAAGCCUACCGAACCAUUCAUUAGCAGCGCCUUUUGCGCUUGGGCACCGGAAGCUUGAAGUAGAUAUUUCUGCUGCCACGUCAGGACUUAGGGUAUACUUGAUAUCGAUACAAGGAAAAAAUUAUAUUUCCGGUAUCGAAGGUAUACCUCCUAGCUGUGGCCUGAUUGGAGCUUGUUCUAGCGUCUCUCGAAACAUCGAUUUCCACACCGAGAAUAUCAACAAAGUCGGGUUUCUUGUUGACUCAUUAGGCCUCCGAAGUCUUCGUAUCGGCGACGGCACAUGGUCCUCGGGAACUCCCCACCAACUCGACUGCUUUGAAGGCUUUAGUGUUACUGGUGAUUCUAAGAAGUUAAUUGUCUUAGCAGAUGUAAGUUCUUAUAGUGUAACGUCUUAUAUUAUUUUGAACUAACCAAGCUAGGCUUUGAAAUUUCGACGCAUUAGCUGGGAACACAGCGUACCUGGCCUAGCUCCAUCUCUCUCUGAGACUAUUGUCAUGAAGCCCCAGCAUAUCGGGAUAGUCUUGCCAGAGAAUUAUAUAUGCCGGAGCAAAAGUGAUAAUGCUUGGUCGAUCGAUAACUUCGGGGUCGUAACAACUGAGUCGGUCAUGUUCAACGAUGAUAUAUAUGGAGUGUCUAUGUAUUAUCGUAACGUGUUUGGUAUGAGUGGUAUUUGCGUACACUCAGAUACACUGCAGUCGGCUGGGAGGACAGAUGGCACAGAAAUGUUCUUCCCCAUAUGUAGAGGGAAGGAAAGAAUAAGUUCCAUUAUCGUUCGGUCGGAUAACAUCAGUCUUGCUCUUCAAGUACGUUUGACAUCCACUUUAACCCUUUUAAAACUAAACUUUUUAGGUAUGUACUACUCUUGGGCGACAUCAUCUUUUCGGUCAAGCCGAGACGCCAAACAAGUUAUAUGUAUACAAGACACUAGCACCAUCGACUAAUCAAUCUCUCUAUGGUUGCUGUCUUCAGUUUGGUCAUUUUGGGUUAGAGUCGGUGGGUAUAAUAUGCUGCUCUUCCGAAUCUCUAGAACACCGCACCCCUCGGCAAAUAUGCGCUAGUGGGUUGUGUGAGGAAUAAAAGUCGAAUUGACUCAAUUCGAGUUUGUAAUUAUGGACAGACGGGAAGCAUUUGCCGCACCUCACGUAUGGCGAUCGGCAGACUUUCUAAAAUCAUUCUCCGUACCAAAUCUAAAUUUCUAGAGUUUAUACUCUUUAGUGCCCAAUACGAUAUCA